CUCUUUUGUUUGGUAUAUAUAGCCCUGUCUUUACAGUGAUACCAAGCCGAUAAAAGAGCAUCUUCUGCCUGAUCCGAGAGAAAACAGCAGCGGAGUUGUUGUUUGUGAAUCUCAGGAUUUUACCAGACUAAUCAAGAGCAAUGAGUGCAUCCAAACUCCAGGAAAGCGGUGACGUGAGAAUCGCACACUCUCUACAUACAAAAGAAGAGGAGUUUGUAGUCAAAAGGAGAGAAAUUGUUUUUCAAAGCCUGCAGAAACACGAGAUACACUGCAGUCAGAAUAAAGUGCCACACAUUGCAUUAUUAAGUUCUGGAGGAGGACAAAGAGCUACGGUGGGUUUGCUGGAAUGCCUGGUUCAGCUUGAUAAAGCAGGUCUUCUGGACUGCAUCCUUUAUCUGAGCGGAGUCUCUGGAUCCACCUGGUGCAUGGCCUCCUUAUACCAAGAACCAGACUGGUCCACCAAACUAGAGACCGUGAAAGACAAUAUCAUCAAGAGACUCAGUGGACCAGGAGUCAGCUGGGGAGACGCAUUUGCCAAACUGAAGAAAUAUUACAAUGGGAAAGACUUCUUCAGCUUGACUGACAUCUGGGCAGCGAUCGUCGUCACAACAUACAUGAAAGAGAUUGAUGAACACACUCUGACAGAUAAGUGGUCCCAACUCGGUAAAGACCCAUUUCCCAUCUACACAGCGACUGACAAGCAAAGCAAACAGGAGGAGGGAGGAGACCCCUGGUUUGAGAUCAGUCCACAUGAAGCAGGUUAUUCCCUCUCUGGAGCGUUUGUGGAGACCUCCAACUUCGGCAGCCAGUUUGACAACGGCUCAAAGAAAAAACACCAGGCUGAAAUAGACAUGCUGUACCUGCAAGCUCUGUGUGGCAGCGCUUUAGCUGGAGAAGAUAGUAAAGAAUUCAUCUGGGGAAAAAUACAAGAUUUCCUUAAACAUUCAAGACCUACAAAAGAAAUUAUGUUUGAGGAAAUGAAGGAAGAUCCAAACUCCCCACCUGUAGAAAAGUGGUACCAGGUUCUCAUGGAUCUUGUGGACAUGAAUCUCUGUGUUUUAAAUGUCAAAGAUCCUUCUGCUCUUGAUCAAUCCAUCAGAACAAUGCUGAACGACCUCGCUGGAGGCAAAAGUCAGCUGAUUUUUCCAACACAAAAACUGAAUCUCGCUGAUAAAGAAGCUGCAAAACUGUAUAUGAAGCAAUACACUGAGGAUGUAUGUAAUUAUUUGAGUCAGUUCAGUUUGGGGCCUUUCGAUAUUUUCUUGAGCAUUUGUAGAUGCAUGGCUCUGUGGAUCUGGGGCAGGAAUUAUAACUUCCUCCACAAUAUGACCGAUGAAUCCGUGCCUUCCGCUCUUCUGCGAAGUGAGACGAGAGACUUUGAAGAUGCAGGGCUGCUGCUGAACUCACCCUACUUCUCAGUGCUGAGAAAAGAACGAGACAUCGACCUCAUCAUUUCCCUGGAUUUCAGUGAAGGCGAUCCUUUCAUGACAGUGAGAGAAGCUGCUGAUAGGUUCAAGAAACUAAACAUCUCUUUCCCUGAAGUCAACAUUCCCAGUGAAGACCUGGAGAAACCAAAGGACUUCUAUGUGUUCAAAGGCCAAAACGCUCCAACCGUGAUUCACAUCCCUCUGUUUAAUGUGGUCAACUGUGGAGAUGAAGUUGAGGCCUGGAGGAACAAAUAUCGCACCUUUCAAGGUCCUUACAGCGCUGAGAAGAUCACUGAAGUUAUGGAGGUCGCUGGAAAAAACAUCUCAAACAACAGAGAGAAACUGAAGGAGCAGAUUGCUGCGGUCAUUGAAGAAAAAAGAUUCAGCCGCUUUAACACUUUUCUGAAUAAAGACUCAUUUAGACUGAAUAUAGAAUAAAAACUGAUCUGAAUAACAGUAAUUUCACAGAAAAUAGUGUUGAAUUGUUUUUGUCUUUAUCAUUAAUUAAAUCAGCAUUAUUUCUGCUAAAUGUGAUCUGUGUGGCAGUACAAGAGUAUCAUGUUUGCAUUUUAUUUAAUAUGUUCAAAAUGUUCCUAAACGCUUGAUUUUCAUUAAGCAAGUACAUAAUUGCGACAUUGUUUUAUUAGUUCGAAUUGUGGGAUACGAACUCAGAAUUAUGAGAAAAAUGUCAUAAUUGUGAAAUAAGAAUUCGCUAUUAUGUUUUUCUUUUUUUUAUUCGGUGGAAGAAAUAAGCUUCCAUAAUAUAUUGAGCUGGGAACAUUGCCAAAGAUUUAAUAAUAAAAAUCUGAAGCUAGUGUUGUGUCAUACAGGGCCAUUCACACUGAAAGUGUUUUUUGCGUGUGUGCGUGUGUUCAUCCGAGAUGAUUUUGUUUUACUAUAUAAACAUGGAUGUCAUUGACGACCACGA